AUGUCGGCCUUCAGCGAUGCGCCCGCGAGUCGCUCGGUCCCCUCGUCUGUUCUCGGCGAGGCCGCCGCCGUCUACAACGACGAGUGGCACGCCAAGCUGUCGCAGGUCCCUGGCCGUGCCGCACAUCUGCGCCUCGUGUUCGACGACGACGUCUCGCUCCUGUACUGGCACAAGGUGCACCGGUUCGACCGCGCAGGUCUCGAGCUUGACGCAGAGCUGGUGCCGACGCAGGCUCAGCCUCUUGGCGUCUGCGGCCUCGACGGCUACCUCGACACCGACUACUUGAACCACUCGAGCUUCGACCCGGAAAGCGAGCUCGUCCGUGCCCACGUCGGCGAGCACCUCGGCGUCUACAAGGUUCGGCGCAUGCCCAAGAUGCUCCCUUUCGAGCUCGCCGCCCGUCCUGCCGACCUUGCUCGUCACCGUCAAUCCGCCGCGUCCGGCGCCGCCGACCCACCACAAGCUGGUCAAGCACCAGCCGCACCCGCACGCCGCACUCACGAUUCUGCCCCGCACAUCUCGACCGAGCUCGCCCUCGUCCUGCGCACUCUGCGCAUCUUCAUCGAGUGCGUCGACGAGCUCGACCACCGCGCCGACAGCGGCGGCGGCGGCGGCACGGCGUUCUUCUCGCGCGCCGAGUGGGACGCGCUCGCGCACGAGGUGGCGAGCCUCGAAUGGGUCCACCUCUGGCUGCACGAGCUUGCCGACGGGCGGUACGACGCUGUGCGCCGGCUCCUCGACGAGCCGAGCGUCGCGCGUGCGCAGGCCGAGGUCGAGUGCGGCUGGCGGAAUGCGGGCAAGGACGACGAGGGCUCGAGCGUCAAAGCGCCGCCGACGGUUGAGCAGCUCCAGGAGCGCAACAGGCGUGCGUGGGGCCGAGCGUGGGAGCUCUUCGAGGCUUUCGUCCGAGUCGUCCAGACGCCGGGCCACCCUCGCAAAGCCCACUCGCGCUUCCUAUAG